CAACCGGAAGUCUCGUCUCCUAGCGGAGGGCAACGCAACAACGGGAGGAGUGACGUGAGCCAGCCGACUGCUUCGAAGGGGCGGCCUGUGCUACGCGAAAAGCUGUCCGACUCGGCGGCGCCCGCAGGAAAGUUUAAGCAGCGCCGGUUUUGCGGGCCUAUUUUUUUUUAAACCCCUCCGAGCUCGCGGCGGGACUGUCAUCUGAGGGGCAUCGCGGAACCCGACGGCUUCACCAUGUUCAGCUGGCUCAACACCGACGACAGCCGCAAGAAGCACCCGGAGAUCUACAACACGGUGGUCGAGGGCCUCAAACAGAUCUACAAGGCGAAGAUCCUCCCUCUGGAGGAACACUACCUCUUCCAUGACUUCCACUCGCCGCCGCUGGCGGACCCCGACUUCGAGUCUAAACCGAUGAUACUCCUAGUCGGUCAGUACUCGACGGGCAAGACCACGUUCAUUCGCUACCUCCUGGAGCGCGACUUCCCGGGCAUCCGAAUCGGGCCGGAACCGACCACGGACCGCUUCAUCGCGGUCAUGUACAGCGACCAGGAAGGUGUGAUCCCGGGUAACGCACUGGUAGUGGACCCCAAGAAGCAGUUCCGACCGCUGGCCAAGUUCGGCAACUCCUUUUUGAACCGGUUCCAGUGCUCGACGCUGGCUUCUCCCGUGCUCCAAAGCAUGACCAUCAUCGAUACGCCGGGCAUCCUCUCCGGCGAGAAGCAGCGGGUGGACCGCGGCUACGACUUCACCGGGGUCCUGGAGUGGUUUGCCGAGCGCGUGGACAGGAUCAUUCUUCUGUUCGACGCCCACAAGCUCGACAUCUCAGAUGAGUUCCGACGGAGCAUCGAGGCGCUGCGAGGACACGACGACAAGAUCCGGAUCGUGCUGAACAAGGCGGAUAUGGUGGACCAUCAACAGCUGAUGCGCGUCUACGGCGCCCUCAUGUGGUCCCUAGGCAAAGUGCUGAACACGCCCGAAGUGGCCCGCGUCUACAUAGGGUCCUUCUGGGACCAGCCGCUGCGCUACGACACGAACCGGAAGUUGUUCGAGGUCGAGGAGCAGGACCUCUUCAACGACAUCCAGGGACUGCCCCGCAACGCUGCCCUAAGAAAACUCAACGACCUUAUCAAGAGAGCCAGACUUGCGAAGGUCCACGCCUACAUCAUCAGCUCGCUGCGCAAGGAGAUGCCGUCUGUGUUCGGCAAGGACAGCAAGAAGAAGGACCUCAUCAAGGGCCUGGGUGCCCUGUACGCCGAGAUCCAGCGCGAGCACCAAAUCUCCCCCGGGGACUUCCCGGACCUGAAGGAGAUGCAGGAGAAGCUAGCCGCCCACGACUUCACCAAGUUCCACCUGCUCAAGCCCCGUCUGCUGGAGACCGUCGACCGGAUGCUCGCAGAAGACAUCGCCCAGCUCAUGGCCAUGAUCCCGCACGAGCAGACGGAGCACAAGGACGAGACCGUGGUCAAGGGGGGCGCCUUCGACGGCAUGGAGCAGAGUCCCUUCGGGUUCGGACGCGGCGAAGGCAUCGACGCGGGGUCCCUGGAGCCCGACUGGAUCGUGGCCAAGGAGCGCUUCAAGUACGACGAGAUCUUCAGCGCUCUGUCUCCGGUGGACGGCAAGAUAUCGGGCGCGUCGGCCAAGGCAGAGAUGGUCAAGAGCAAGCUGCCAAACUCGGUGCUCGGAAAAGUCUGGAAGCUUUCCGACCUGGACAAAGACGGCAUGCUGGACGCGGAUGAGUUUGCCCUGGCGAUGCAUCUGAUCAACGUCAAGGUGGCCGGCCACGACCUGCCCACGGAACUGCCAGAACAUCUUCUGCCGCCGUCCAAAAGGGGAUUCGCGGCUCCUGUUUAAGGAAGGGCCGGGGUUAGAAUCGGGGGGGUUGGGGAGGAGAGGGGGAGGGAGAGGGCAGGGUUUCCUCGGGAGGAGUGGCAUACCAGGGUUUGAGGUCAAGACCUCCUAGACGCCAAGGCCUUAGGCCGGAAGUUUCGACGUCACCUAAAGAGGCAAACGUGCGUCACGGAUUGCAGCCCAGUCCUGUGUCAGCAUUUGGCUGGCACACGUCUUUGAUCAGUGAGAAGGCGAGUCUGAGCCGAACGACGACGCAGCACUCGUGCUCAAUGCGUGCCCUGCGCUGGCCUUUUUGAAGGUGACGUGAAAAGUUAAUUCCUCUGGCCUUGUUACGAGGAGGUAUUGGCAAGGGACACGGGCCUCGUGCAACUGGCCAUGUAAAACAAAAACGUUUAUUUCCUUGUUCUUUUGUUUCUUUUUCGUCUGAAAGAUGAUGUUCAUCAGCCCUCAAGUAGAAGGUCUCUUUCUUGGCUCUUGCGUUUAGCUUGGGGAUUUAGGGUAACCAUGAUCAGUUCUCUGGACACUACUGCAGGUACACGACGGUGCCUUCGUUUUCUUCUUGAGGACUCGUUUCACGUAAGCGUGUGCCACUGUGUUUUCUCCUGCCUCAUCAUAAAUCAGAAAAAACUUCAAUCGUUCUUUUUUUUUUUUUUUUGGGGGGGGGGGGGGAAGGAGGUGAAGGAGGUGUUGAAAAAGAGGAGACACGUGUCCAGCUUACGUUCCAUAUGGUGCUAAGGGAUCAAAGCGCUACGACCCCCAGUCUCUCCCGGGAAAAUCAGACUAUUCCACGACGUGUUAUAAAUGUACCAGAGCUAUAAGCUUCUGUGGCUGUUGACGUAAAGCUUCAGGCCAGGUGAGGGAGGGAAGGAGGGGGGGGGGGGGGGGGGGGUUAACGCUAAAAAUGUACAGGGGGCUUUGAAUUUGGCUACUACUUCACCAGGAAUGCCGCUGGAGGGUGAAGAUUCUGCAAGUGCCCAGUACUCACUGUACACGCUGAAACUUGCCUGGCUUCGGCGUCGGCAUCGAACAAGCGGCCUUUGCCUCGACGCGAGCCAACUGCAGUUGGCGAUUUUUUUUUUCUUUGUUGCGCCGCAAAAUUUGUUGUAAGUAGGCCGAAGUUUUAUACAUAAAUAUAUAUCUGUAC